AUGCAGAGCAGUCGACCAGUCCUGAAGGAAUGCAUCCACCACUUCCGCCUCCGUAUCCGGACGCCAGCUGAAGAAUCGGGGAAGCUGAGCAUUGAGUUGCAAGGCAAAGAGGUCUAUGCUACGGAUAAAGUUGCCUUGUUGAUCGGGAACAUGUCCUACAAGAACCACUCUCCGCUCAAAGCCCCAAUGGUUGACGUAUAUGAACUCACUAACCUGCUGAGACAGCUGGACUUCAAGGUUGUAUCCCUGCUGGACCUCACCGAGGUGGAAAUGAGGAACACAGUGAAUGAAUUCUUACUAUUGCUGGACAAGGGAGUGUAUGGGCUGCUGUACUAUGCUGGGCACGGUUAUGAGAACUUUGGAAAUAGCUUCAUGGUUCCUAUCGACGCCCCGAAGCCUUACGGAUCGACUAACUGCUUGUGUGUCCAAAGAAUCCUAAAACUGAUGCAGGAGAAGGAAACCGGACUCAAUGUGUUUCUACUAGACAUGUGCCGCAAAAGGAACCAGUAUGAUGACACCAUCUUAAUUCCGGAAAACCUGAAGGUGACAGCGAACAUUGUCUUUGGAUACGCCACGUGCCAGGGGGCAGAGGCGUUCGAAAUUCAACAUUCAGAUCUAGCCAACGGUAUUUUCAUGAAGUUUCUCAAGAAUCGCCUAUUAGAGGAUAAGAAGAUCACCGUUCUGCUGGACGAGGUUGGAGAAGAUAUGGGACGUUGUCAGCUCACCAAAGGAAUGCAAGCGCUAGAAAUCCGCAGCAGCCUAUCCGCCAGGAGGGCGCUGACUGACCCCAUACAGCACAAAGCAUGUUCUCCGGAGUCCUUGGCGAGAAAUCUGCAGUGGGAAAAGGCGAAUGAACUCCCAGACAGCAUGUGCAUAGAGUUUGACUGUGGUAUAAAAAUCAAGUUGGGGUUUGCUGCGGAAUUCUCCAAUGUCAUGAUCAUCUACUCCCAAAUUAUUAGCAAACCUGAGGAUCUCACUCAGUGUACGGCCAACGUCACCGACUUUCCAUUAGAGUUAUACAUUGACCCCAAAGAAACAAAUAAAGACACCCCAGAGGAAACGGGAAGCUUUUUGGUAUCUAAGGACCUUCCGAAGCAAUGCUUAUACACCCGUCUGAGUUCCCUGCAAAAACUAAAGGAGAAGUUGACCUUUACCGUAUGCUUGACCUACGUCAUUGAAGGUGUUGAAGAGAUGUUGGACGAAAGAAAGAAAAUCGACGUGGGAAAGCCUCUGGUUGCAAAAUUAAACAUUCAUUCUGGACUCCGAAGUCCCUCAGCCCAGCACAGUCAUAUACCUCAUAGUCCCAGCACACAGCCCAUUCAUGUACCUCCUAGUUCCUGCGCACAACCCAGUCAUAUGCCUCAUGGUCCAGGCACACAACUCAGUCAUGUACUCCACAGUCCAGAGACUGCUGCAGCCUCAUCGCCACUUUCCAGACCCUCUCAUCUUUUUACAAACCCUCGAUACUCACAGUCACCGCUCCAUGUCUACCCACAGAACUUAAGAAGCAACAUGCAGCCAGAAAACUAUUCCGGGUACCCUUCUAAUUACGGAAGGAGGUACUUCUCAGAAUACAGGUCACCAUAUAGUAACGUCACAAUGUCAAGACAUAGCAAUGUACCAGAGGAGAGCACAGAUGACAAUUUUGGUUAUUAAUAUUAAAAGUGAUGGAUGUGUAAAAUCACAGAAAUGUAAAUGAAUUUCACUUUGUUGAUAUAGUAUUGUUAUUAUCAGUAUUGUGGAUGAUAACUUUUAUUUAUCAUUGGGUCAACUUUUUUAAAGGCUAUGUUGACCAUUUUUUUAUUGCUCCAGUGUGUCGAAAAUAAAAUGGAACCAACGUUUAGUCCUAAUCAGAAAUAUGAUUAAGAUGCUUUGCUAUGGUUGAAACGCGUCAGUUUGAUGUGAUUUUUCCUGUGAUGGUUUUUACUUUGAUUUAAAUAAAGCUUUCUUAUUUAUGUAUGCUGGAUCCAUUUCUACUGAUCAGAAAUAUACUACCGUUUUAGGUCUACAGCUCCUACGCAGACCAAUCUAUUUCCAUGGUUACAGACUACAGACAAAUCCUAUGUAGUCUUAUCCUACAGUCAUGUGUUACACCCUUACAUUUGACCCCUCCUCUCGCUGACCUAUAGACGGCACUAGCCCUAACAGGGGGCAGAUGGAAGAGAGCAGCGCAUUAAUCUGCAUAGGAACUGUAUACAUAAAACGGCAGGAUAUGUUUAAUCAAGACUAGAUGCAAAGAAGCUUAAUUCUUUUUAUUUUUGAGGCACUGGAGCAGUAAAAAAUUGGUUUCAAUUGUAGGCGACUGCAUUAUCAUGGCCCGAUUGUACAGCAUCCUUAAAGAGGACCUAUCACUGCUUCUGACAUUGCAACUACAGUGGAAAUAAAAAGUCUACACACCCCUGUUAAAAUGUCA